CCCAAGAACUCAAAGUCUACCUCAUCAUGAUGGCUACCUUCAGAAGAUAGCUGCAAAAAUUUUAAGAUGAAGAAUUAGCACCAGAAAAACUCUGUGUAAUCUAUGUAGAUUGCUCAGGUAUUUUUUCAGCGUUGAACCAUACAUAAAAUGCCGUUACUAAUCCUGCAGAAUCUCCUGGAACGAACUUGAUCUGAGCUUCAAAGCUUCCGAAAAUGAAAUAUCUCUUUGACUUUGCUCCCGAGCCUGCAACGACAGAAUCAUUCUUGGCGGUCAAAGGUAAGUACUAGAUGAAUUUGUUCAUUUUGCACAUUCACAGUUCUGAGAAACAUGGAGAUAUGGUCAAGAAAGCAAGAAAUGACAUCAUUUCACCUGAGCUUUGGUCCAGAACAAGCUGAAGAGAAUCAGCUGAAACAACUGAACAGAGAGACUGCGGAAGAAGAUGAUCGGGGAUGUAGAGAAAAUGGUUGCGAUCGGUAUAGCAUGGGGCGCCACCAAUGCACUGAUGCGCCGUGGCGCCCUUCUCUGGGACCAAGCUCUUAAAUCUUCCUCCAAUGCAACCCGCUCUUCAAACAAACUCCUCUCCUCCUUCCGUCGAUGGCUCAAGCUCCUCUCGAUCUGGCAGUACACUGUCCCUUUUUUGGUUAAUCUCACCGCCUCAGCUACUUUCUUUGCCAUUCUAAGCGAUGCCCCAAUAUCGCUCGCCGUUCCGGUCACCAACGCCACAACUUUUGCUGCCACCGCUGUUUUCGGAAUGCUUCUUGGCGAGGAAACUCGUGUCGGGUACGCUCUGUUUGGUACUGCUCUGAUUGGGUUGGGCGUAUGGCUUUGCAUUAACUAAUUCCGAUUUGUGAAUUGGGGAACUUAGAUUUGGAGUUUAGUUUGUAAUUGAUUUGCUUAUCAUUCUAGGGUUUUAUCGCUGCUAUUGUAAUUUUCCUCAUUCCGAGAUGCAUGAUAUGAAUGUCCAAACAGUACUGUUGAAAAAUACUCUGCGAUUAAAUGUAGUGAUCGGGCGUUGGGUUGUAUUUGGUCUCUUCAAAUUCGAAAUUAAUUUGUAUAAUGCCCUGAAAAAGGGCUGCUUGCCUCCCUC